AGAUUGUCUUUUUCGGCUCAGACCGUUUCGGUUCCAUCGACUCGCGGCUCCGCUCCGCGGCUCCGCUCCGCGGCUCCGCGCGGCGGAGUUUCCGGAUGGCGGGCAGCUUUGUGAACCCGAUCUUGCCGGGAGGCUUUCCAGAUCCCUCCAUCUGUCGUGUCGGUGACACUUUCUACUUAUGCAACUCCUCCUUCGAGUACUUCCCUGGCUUGCCCAUCCACGAGAGCAAGGACUUGGUGAACUGGACCUGGGCAGGCCACGGGCUCCAUCGCAGGGACCAAGUCUGCGGCGCCGUGAACUUGGUGGACGUGAAGUCGGAUGACGGCAUUCAGGCGCCCUCCAUCCGGUACAAGGACGGCACCUUCUACAUCAUCACCACCUGCGUGUAUCGCCCGCCGGAUGUGGAUGAGGGCACCUGUACCAACUUUAUCAUCACCGCCACUGACGUCAAGGGGCCCUGGUCGGAGCCCCACGUCAUCGAGGGCGCUCCGGGCAUUGAUCCGGAUAUCUUCUUCGAUGACGACGGCAAAGUGUGGUAUGUGGGCACAGCUGCGCCCGACAAGCCCAACUUCCCUGGGGAAGGCGAAGUCUACACCCACGAGUUGGACUUGAAGAACUGGAAGCUGAGUGGCGUGCGGUAUCCCUUAUGGCGCGGGGCCAUCCAUGGCGGGGUCUUCGUGGAGGGGCCCCACAUGUACAAACACGAAGGAUCUUACUACCUCAUGGCCGCUGAGGGCGGCACUGGGGUGAACCACUCGGUGGUUAUUGCCAUCAGCGACAAGGUCACUGGGCCCUUCUUCCCAAACGACCGGAACCCCAUCCUCACGUCGCGGCAUUUGUCGUAUGACAACUGGGUGCACAGCACGGGGCAUGCAGAUCUCUUCCAGUUCUCCGAUGGCAGGUGGUACAUGGUAUGCCUGGGCAUCCGAGCAGAGGAGGGCGAGCCAGGCAUGAAGAGAUCCAACAUGGGCCGGGAGACCCAUCUUCUGCCGGUGACCUGGGAGCUGGAGCCCAUGGAGUGGCACUCCCUGGGCCCCGCGGGCAAACGCCUCUGGCCCGUCUGCGCGCCCUCCACGGGCCGCGUGGACCGCACCAACGCGCUGCCGGUACCUUCGGCCGAGCAGAGCCAGAGCCACAAUGUCUUCAAGGACUCCUUUGACAGCACCUCUCUACACCCCGAGUGGCUCUUCCGGCGCGCGCCAUCGGACGACACCUUCACCUUGGAUGGGAAGGGCUUGCGCCUCUUUGCGUCACCUGAGGUGCUGAAAGAGCGCAAGGCCUGCAGCUUCCUGGGCAUCCGCCAGCGCCAGAGCGACUUCGAGUUCGAGGCUAAGAUGAGCUUCGAGGGCGACGCAGAGGCGGGGGUGGCCAUCGUUCAGAAGGACGAGAACUACGCCAGCUUCACGGUGGCCAAAGAGGGCUCCUACAAGUUGCGGCUAGCGCUCAAAGAGAAGGAGAAAGACGAGCAGGUGCUCCUGAACAAAGACCUAUCGGAGUACAAGGGCAGCAUCAUGUUCAAGAUUGUCUCCUCCAAGCACAGCUAUGACUUCUUAUACUCCUUGGAUGAGGGCAAAUCCUAUGUCAGCUGCGCGCAGACGAAAGCCGACCUUUUGCUGAGCUUGGGCUACACAGGCAGCUGCCUGGGCUUGUAUUGCACCAGCCGGGGUAAGUCCUCAAAGGACUCGGCGUCUUACGCGUGGGUGCGCCAUGCGGCCGCUACUCAAGCAUAGCUUUUGGCUUUGGGCUUCGGGCAAAAAGUCGCCCGAAAGCAACAGAAGGAGAUGGAUGUGCAAACAAAAUGCGAACCACCAGGGGUGCUCCUACCCUCAA